AUGCGGUCAUGGAACAGGAAUGGACCCUGUGAGCCGAUGCAUGCUCGGUGGAUUGGGAUUAUGCUCGUCUGAUCGAUCGACCGUAGACGAGUUGUGGGCGCCCGAGUGGCGGCGCACGUAAGUCUGCGGCAUGGAACUCACCCGGCCUUUGGCUCCAAUUCCUCCGUCCUGGUGGACUGGAGGCGGUGGAGUCUCUCUGUGGCCGAAUGCGAAGAUUGUCCCGGAUCACAUUUCUGUCAAGCGUGUUACUCCCAUUCAGGAUCUCCACAGCUUCGCUUCCACUAUUCCGUUGAAUUCGAGGACCUCAGUCGAGGGUAUGGUACGGGGGACAAAGAUACGCAUGUCUGAAAUGAGGGUGAAGUUAACGCACAAAUUCCUCAACUCGUUCCAAAGUGAUGGUCGGCAAGCUGGAAUUUUGGGAUUGACGGUCGUUACGGACCUCGAUCGGCGUCACCGAAUGACACUGGAGAGCACUCUGGGCUGUGACGAAGACAAGCAAUCCAUGUCUGCAUUUAUAUCAUCUAAGUUCGAACCCAGGAUGUCUUGGGGUAUAGCCCUUUCUCACAGGUUACAUCAAGCGGUUACUCUCUUCUCAAGAUUCAACAGCGAUGAAAGUUCUCGUCAUCGAUAUAUCCUUCAGGUUGUGCAUAAAAUGGGUGAAAGAACUACUUGUUCUCCUAUUUUGUCGAAGGUGUCGGGUGAUCAACCUCAAGCUGGGCUAAGCUGGACACAUCAACUCAGACUGAAGGGUCGACCAAUGAAGAACUUCAUCCAAGUGAAAUUGUUCUGGAGCGGUAAUGGUGCAUACGCCGUCAACAUAAGGGCACAAGUGGGAGAACUGGAUGCCUAUUGAUCUCCCUCUAUCUUACCUCUGCAUCACCAUUAAUGCCGCUCUCUUGAUUAAAAUAAUCUUGACCGCAGUUAACAUACUGGAAUACGAUCGAUGUUUACCUCCCAGAUGUAAAACACAGAUGGAUGACGGACGGGGAUGACAUUGUAGACUGAAAUACAGAACAUCCUUUGUCAAUAUUUUACCUCAUCCACAGGAGUUGAACUUUUUCCUAAACAAGGAGUGAUAUUUUUUGAUUGGUUAAAGCUAGCAGAUCCGAGUCCUUAAUUUGAGAUGAUCGGUUUGAGUUGGCCUUGCAGCUGUGGUGUGAUUGAAUCACCUUGAAGAUACUUCUAAAAGUUCGACUUUUCAGCAAGAAUUGUGGUAGUGGUCUCGCCCAAGAAGUGUUGAGCUUUUAACGACGGGCCUACAAUCUCAGGAGUGUUGGGAGUGGGAAAUUUGAUACAGAAUUAUACGGAUGGACAGCAUUUCAGUGCAAGAAACAGGCUAGAGGGUAGUCAUUGCAACAUUUAGGAUUCCUUUAGUACAUGUCAGAUUGAACCUACUGAUUUUGCCACAUGAGGCCUAUCUCCUCCAAGCUUUUGUUAGAUGGGACCUUGGCAAAGAGGGAGGUGUUAGUCAUUCAGGCAAGAAAUGUAGCUUCGCCCUACUCUCCAAUGAGAUGAUUAUGUUGAAACAAAUUGUAAAAACUGAAACGGAUGCUGAAGUUUGCUGUCUAUUUCA